GAACUCCACUCAAGCAGGCGUGGCCAAACGUCUCGCGGGUCUCUGAAAUUCGCCUUUUUGUUGAACGCUAACUAUUUUUUAAAUCAACAAACUGCUAAAAUGAAUAACGUUUUACUAUUAUCGUGAACAUUUAAACGGGAGGGGAAUUUAUAUGGUAUUUAAGUCUACUUACGGAGCUUUAGCAAAGUCGUUUUCACAUGCUCUGAACAAAUUAAUUGUUGAAAGGGCGUGAUGAGGGACCGCCUGGGCGAUUUGACAGCGAACAGCAACAAUAACCCCUUUAAUGUGGAUGAUGAUGGCACCAUCACAGUGGAUAACAAUUCCCACAGGGACGACUUCUUGAAACAGGUGGGGGAGGUGCGACGCCUCAUUGAUAAGAUCUCUUCCCAGGUAGAUGAAGUGGUGAAGAAACACAGCGCUAUCCUCUCUGCCCCCAACCCUGAGGAGAGCACCAAAGAUGAACUGGAGCAGCUCACCAAUGAAAUCAAGAGGAAUGCCAACACAGUGCGGGCCAAGUUAAAAACCAUGCAGAACAGCCUGCCUGAGGAUGAGAAUGCAAACGCAGCCUCUGUGGACCAGCGCAUCCAGACAAACCAGUACACACAUCUGAUGUGGUGGUUUGUGGAUGUCAUGACAGUGUACAACGAGACCCAGAUGUCCUUCAGGGAGAGGUGCAAAGGACGGAUUCAGAGACAGCUGGAGAUCACUGGGAAAGUGACCACUGAUGAGGAGCUGGAGGAGAUUCUGCACAGUGAAAAUCCUGCCAUCUUCACUUCUGAUAUAAUCUCCGACUCCCAGAUCACGCGCCAGGCUCUGAAUGAGAUCGAGUCUCGCCAUAAGGACAUCAUCCGCCUGGAGUCCAGCAUCAGGGAGCUCCACGAGAUGUUUGUUGACAUGGCCAUGCUGGUGGAGACUCAGGGGGAGAUGAUCAACAACAUAGAGAAGAACGUGAGCACUGCAGCCGAGUACAUCGGCGUGGCCAAAGUGGAAACCAAGAAGGCAGUGCGGUACCAGAAAGCGGCGCGCAGGAAGUAUGUCAUAAUUGCCAUAGUCGUGGUGAUCCUGCUUGCUGUAAUCGCACUUAUCGUUGGUUUGUCUCUGGGUCUAAAACUGCCCUCAACCGCACAGCCUUAGCUCUUCUUUUUCACAGAAAAUGCUUUAUCUUGCUAUCGGUGGGGUUGUUGGUGUCAUCGUUUUAGCCAUAAUUAUGGGGUUGAGUGUCUCGUAGUGAUUUGUCUAAGCCCCCCCCCCCCCCC